AUGGACUUCGAUGAUGGCGGCAGUGACAGUCAGGAAGGGCGUGAGGACUUUCAGUCCCGGACUACAGACUUGGAGCCCUUUGCUUGCGAUCACCCAUUGCUGAAGUUUGGCCAAGUUGGCUACAAUGGACCUGCUGGCUUCAUGUGGGACUUUGCCUAUGUCUAUGACAACCUUCAUGCUUUGGGCGAAAAGAAGCAGAAGUACAAGAUGUUAAAGGAGCUCCAGGAACAAUGCUGUGAAGGGCAACACUUGUCCAGGGAAGAUUUGCAUGUGAAAAAGGAAAGAAGGCGAGGGUGCUUGGCCGUUGAUGCAGUGAGCACAUUGCUUGUCUUGCACUUUUUGCUCGACUUGCUCAACAAAUCAAGAACUGAUGCCAAAGCGCUGACUAUCAGAAACUAUUUCAAAGAUGUUGGCAUGCUGGUCACCCAGGAAGCAAGUCGCCACAAUGAUGUGCUGAAGUUUUCAGUUGGUGACUUUCCUAUGCAUGUUCUGCCUACAGGGAAGUUGCAAGGCUUUCGUUUGUGGCUCGGAAGACAUGUUCACAAAAAGGGGGUUCAAUUAUGGCUUACACUGUGGAAGUGGAUGGCCAGGGAAGACAAUGGGCCACUUCUGACAGAAGACAUUUCCAGCAACGAUGAUGAGGAGCCUUCCUUGGUGGAUUUACUCAUGUUUUGUGUCAAUUUUAUACAUUCCUACAAGGCGGCCCAUUCGUUUCGACAGCCUCCCCCUUUCUCCACCGAUAGCAUGAGAAAUCUGCAACAAUGCGUUCUCAAGUUUGUGGCGUGGGUUGUCAACAAUGUGGUGCUUGAGAUGAUGACCCAGCAGGACGAUUCUCAGCCAGUGCCAUCCAGACGCGUGAGAAGGAACUCCGAUGCAAAUCUGCGGAAGAUGAGUCCUCAUGAGAUCUGGCGUGUCAUUGAGCAAAGCAAGGAUACUGGGGUGUCAUACCAAAAGAUUUGUGCUCUGCGAAAAGAUGACCCACAAGGAGGAAUCAGUGAGCAGCUGACGUGGGUUUGGCAGAGAAAAUUGUUGUCAAUGUACAGGCAGUCAUCAAGGCUAAGUUUCUUGAAUGUGAAGAACUUCGCCAUUGUCACGGAUGCCUCAAGUCAUAGCAACAAGGACUACCUGAUGAGCCUGGCCUAUGACCCUGUAAAUGGAGUAGGGGCUCACAUGUGCUCAGUUCACGUCAGGUCAACAAAAGUGUUACACCCACAGGAGAUGGAGCUGACACCAGAAGCAGAGCGCUUGGCAGCGAGACGGGAAAUUGAACGGCUUAGCAGCUUGAAGUUCUUGCAAGGCCUUUCGGCCCAGAUAUGCAAGUUGACUGACCUUCGCUUGGAUGAUUUUAAAUUUCCUGAAGUCUUGCUCAAAAUGUUGGAGCUGCAACCAGGCGAUAACUUCUUCUUUGACGACAAUGUCGCAGUGCUGAAUGAAGAGGAGUUUCAAUUAAGUCAAUUACGUCAAUUGUCUGAUUUGCCUUGUUUGCAUUGCAUCAUGGACCAAGGCAAAGUUGGCUGCGCAGCUGCUGCCUUUGUCACUUCCCAAGCUGGCCUCCAAAUCCACUUCACCUUCGACAAGAUUCACCGCCUGUUGAGAGACCUGAAAAACCCAAUCAAAGCAGCUGGCUUGGAAUCUUGUGUUUUGGCAACAACGUAUCUGUUCAGCGUCAACACCAAGCCUUUUGGAAGUGGCCAAUGGUUUACGGAAAAAACUCAGAUCUUGGAAGCAUUCUUUGAAUCCAACAGCUUUGACUGCCAAUGGUUUCAGGCAUUGAAAGAGAGAAUUGCCAAUGAUUUUGGUAUGGAAGGGUGCUCCGACAGGGAGAUCUGGGACUCCAUUCCCGAGCAAUUGGAAUCGUGGAGGCUCAAGGGCGGACUUGCCAAGGCAAGCAGAUGGUUUUCCUGGAACGAAGGAGCUGCUGUCCAUUUGAAAGAAUGGCAUAGCUCCCUCAUGCUCCUCUCGUGGUACUUCCCAACAGAUCUUGACACUGAUGGUCAGUCUGGUUUGUUAGGCCUCAAAGGCUGUUUGACACAGAUGUAUUGGGAAGAUGCCCACAUCAUCUUCAGAGUUCAAUAUGGAAUGUGGUCGUGGUACUCGCAGCAGAUCCAUGAUGUCAAAAGCCCAGAGCAUGCAAUCAUUGAAUCUUUGGAAAUGGUCGAGUCAUGGAUGAGUCAUCAGUCUCUCCAGACCCUUGCUGAAUCGUGGAGCGCUCAAACUUGGGCCGAUGUUGAGCGGUUUGUGCCUGACCAGGAGGCCUUCAUUGCCAGAGUGAAUACCUAUGCUCUUGGAUGCUUGAUGAAUCGUUGCGCAACGCUUUCCAAGUUCUCAGCUCCACCUGAGACAUGGGUUGGGCUUCUAGAUCCCCAGCAAGCACAGGUGACAAGAAUGCGGCUCUUGAAGGAGUAUCGUUGGUUUCAAUCCUUGCGGUGCAGCAUGGCUCCUUUUGCAGCAGAGCUUGCCAGUGACAUUGAGACGGUCUUCGAUUUGCCUUGUCGUCAUUUGUGUCAUUUGUGUCAUUUUGACUUUGGAGCAGCGCAAGAGCUGGCCAAGCUGCUGAUUGGUGGCUUUGCGGAUUCAAAAGUGGUGGAGGACAUUCACCAAGCAUGCAGGGUGGCCACGAACCCAGGCAGCAACAAGAAGCUCUCUGGAGCUACGUUGCAGCUUGUUUGCCAAUUCUCUGAGGUUUUGGACAAGAGAGGGAUCGUCCAUCCAGCUGCCCUAACCCGUGAAGAAUUCUUGGACAAGCGGCCUGAUGCCAGAGAUGAUUUCAACUGCCGCCAGGAAUUCAAAUCAUCCAGCCAUAGUCUACCAGCUCGCUACUCAGAGAUUCUGACGAAGAAGAUGUGGCGCACUGUCAGUGAGGAUUGGCUUCGAACCUCAUACGGGGCAUGGCAAUGGAUGAUUCAAUACUGCGGGCAAAGGCUUGCUGACCAAGGUGUUCGCCUGGAGGAUGGUCUUCUGAACCGCCUUGCUUUUCAAGGGCAAGUGAUUGAAGUCAAUUUUGUCUAUCUACUCAUUUUGGGCAAUUUGAAGUGGCAAGCCCUUGCUUGGCCGUUGAAGCUUGUGGACGCUGCUGAUGAUGAUUAUCGCAUGAUGCGAUGGGUUUUGGAUUCGUCGUCAAGUUGUCAAUGGCUGCAAUGCUCUCUGAACAUGCCAGCUUUUCAAACAAAGCUAGUCUGGAGCAAUGAGUUUGGCAUCCACUGGCAACAGGUUGGGCCUCCUGAAACAUUUGCGCGGAAUUGCUUGCGGCGCUCCAAUGGCCUGACAUUCACAGAUCUUUGCUUGAUGGGGAGGCAUCUUUUUGGCUCCGAAAUCAAAGAGAAGUCUAGGAAGGACAUCCUUUUGAAGCUGGCGUUGCAUUUCGGAGAUGACUUUGCAGAGCUGGUCUUGGAGUGCGACUCUAAGACGACAAAGAAGUCAUCAUCUGAUCCAGAUCAAGCAGCUUUGGUAAAAGCUGUGUUUGACCACUUGGACGCGGAUGAGCAGAAGGAGUUUCGCUCUGUCAAGGAGAAU